CAACCCCAGCUUGCCCUUAAUUCUACAAAAUCGGACAUUCAUGUUAUAUUCUGCUCGACUGCCAUUCACGCAAAUCUUGACGCGUGCUGCACGGGGCACCGACAAUCCCGAUGCGCGAGCCUGGCAGCACGAACAGCCGCUGCCACUCGGUAAAUGCACUGCACGGGCAGUUUCGUGGUAGUACUUUGACACCCCGGUCGCGUUUACGCCGUGGAGUGGAGAAAAAGGGGGAGAGAGAAAGGGAGAGACGGAGUUAACCGAGCAGCCGGCGGCGAAUCGCGGAGGACGUUGCGGGUCUUUCGGCGGUUUGCGGUUGUACGGGUCCGGUGGCUGCGCCGAACGUAGCCGAUAGCAGCCGGCGGAGCUCGCGUCACGCGCGUCAGGUUGCCCGCGGACGAGCGGGCACGGUUUGCGAUCGAGUGGAGCGCACGCCGCACGCACGAGCGCGACGCGAACGCGCACGAGCACGCAUGCACGCGCGCGACGGGGCACGAACGGCGAUCGGGCGGGCAGUCGGUCGAUCGGUCGCUCGCUCGGGCGGACAGUCGCGGACGCGGAGCAGCGAGCAACGCGCGAGCGUAACAACGGCGGGCUAGAAACCAGCAGCGGACCUACGAGCGACCUUCCCUGCGCGUCUGAUGAGCUCCUCCGUCGCGCCGCUGCUGGUGGUAAGAUGGCUGUGCAGCUGGACGGAGGAGGGAAGGAGGACCUGAAAACACAGUUCGUCACGCGGGAGGGCACCUACAAGCUGAUGACCCUGUCGGAGUACUCGAGACCGAACCGGGUCGGCUACACCAACAGCCAGGGCAGCGCAUCCGUCAGGGUGUCGUUCGUCACGCUGCCGGACCCAGCGGACCCCACGGGCGCGCAGGGCCUCGGCGACCGAAUGUGCUUCAAUUUCGGCAAGGAGCUGUACGUCUACGUCUACCGCGGUGUCAAGAAGGCAGUGGAUUUGAACAAGCCAGUGGAUAAAAAGUUGUACAAGGGAACUAAUCCGACCUGUCACAACUUUAAUCAGACGACAGCGACGGCGGACAGUGCUCCGUUGCUGGUGGGAUUUUCCACGGGACAGAUACAACUGAUCGAUCCAAUAAAAAAGGAACUCAGCAAGUUGUACAAUGAAGACAGGCUGAUAGACAAGAGCAAAGUGACGUGCAUAAAGUGGGUUCCCGGGUCGAACAACCUGUUCCUGGUGUCGCACAGUUCCGGCCAAUUGUACCUCUACAACGAGGAACUGCUCUGCGGUACUACGGCGCCGCAUUAUCAGUCAUUCAAGUCGGGAGACGGAUAUGCCAUAUACACGUGUAAAACCAAGUCUACCAGGAACCCGUUGUAUCGGUGGGUAAUUGGUGCGGAGGGUUGUUGCAUAAACGAGUUCGCCUUCAGUCCGUGUGGCACGAACUUAGCGGUGGUGUCUCAGGAUGGAUUUUUGCGGGUUUUUCAAUACAAUACGAUGGAGUUGGUCGGUUCAGCGAGGAGUUACUUCGGCGGGUUUCUGUGCGUGUGCUGGUCGCCGGACGGACGUUACGUCGUGGUGGGCGGCGAGGACGACCUGGUGACCAUUUGGAGUUUCCACGAGAAACGCGUGGUAGCGCGGGGGCAGGGCCAUCACAGCUGGGUGAGCGUGGUCGCGUUCGACCCGUACACCACGUCCUACGGCGAUCACGAUCCGGACUUCAGCGGUUCGGACGACGAGACGACGAUGCCGCACAAUAAUCAUAAUCACUUCCAUGAAUCGAAAUCGCAUCGUUUAUCGACGACCUCGCAGGGAGGCGGCGGUGGCGUUCACUCGAACCGGAACUCCUGCAGCUCGGAACUAAGAAUGUCGGGCGGCACGUGCUACAGGUUGGGCAGCGUGUCGCAGGACACCCAGUUAUGUCUGUGGGAUAUAACGGAGGACGUGCUGAGGCAACCGGUAUGCGCCAAGCAGAGACCGUCCGUGGCUGGCGGUAAUACGACUGGCGCCAAUCUGUCCUCGUCGGGCACGUUCAACAGUGGUAACGGGGCGACGGCUACGGCGAACCAUCACUCGAACUCGAAUGCUAAACACAAUAACUCGAACAACGUAAACUACAAGGAGAACGCGAGUGGUAAUAACGAAACUAGUAACAAUAGCGCGAGCACGAACGCCGCGGUGGCGACUGUAAACUCGCUGACGCAAAGGCUAGCGGGUCUUGGCUUCGGCGAGCGUAAGGGUGAUAAUCACAAGAGAAACUUUAGCCUCACUAUGCGAGGCAGCACCGGUGCGGCGGCAGCAACGACGGCGACGAGCAACAGCACGGCUGCAGUCGUGCAAAACAGUGGUGGCGACAAGGCGAGCACCGGCAACUCGACGAACACGAGUAGUAGUCUGAAUAACAGUGUCGGCAGUGCGGGUUUAGUAGGCGGGGCGGGGAACAAAAAGGUUAGUUCGGUGAUGGACGAUCCUAUGAGGUUGAUAGGAACCGCCUGGUGUCCCAGGUUCGACGAGUGCCCGGUCCUCGAGCCGCUGGUGUGCAAGAAGCUCGCGCACGAGAGACUGACUGAAUUAGUGUUUAGGGAAGAUUGCUUCGUGACAGCGUGUCAGGACGGAUACGUGUACACGUGGGCGAGACCCGGCCACAUGGUAGGUCCUCUCACGAUAAGCAGCACUCUGCACAGGCCAUCGCAUCAUCAUAGCAACAAUCCCUACACUACUAGCAAUAUCAAUUCCAUGCGAUGUAAUGACCUCUGAUGUCGAGAACCCAUCUCUCCAAAUCGUUAUUUAGCAAGUCCAACAAGUAGAGUCUGUUAGCUUAUUGCAAAUCCGGAUCCUGUAUAUAUACAUUAAUUAGAGUUAGAUGAAUGAUGUUAUCGUGAGAUGAGUGAACAGAAAGACUUGUAACGUCUGUGGGUCUUCCUUAUCGUGGCGGCGGAAGGGCGUCCCGGGCACGAGCGGUAGUUCUGAUUCCCGAGUAUUAGAACAAGACACAUUGACAAAUUCGGUAUUACCUUGCCGGGUGUUUGAUACGACGAUAGCGUCGCUGUUAUUUAAGUUUUAUAUAUUACAAUCAGUAUAUUUAAUCUUAGAGAGUCUUUAUUCGCGUUCUAUGACCUUAGGGUACGUAACUUGCGUUCGAGUUCUACUAGUAUUGGGAGGUGCCAUCGAAGAGGAAGCAUUGAAGAUUUUCUAGUAUUUUUCUCUAAGUUUAUAUCGUACAUGAAUUACACAAGUACGUGGACGGACGAUACUAUGAGUGAACGAGUUUGUAGCUUAGAGCGUAGUUACUGUCGGGGCCCUUGACGUUCUCACUGGGCUUUAGAGCAUAUCGUUAGAUAUCUUUUUAGUCCUCUGUUUAUCGUCUAUCGAUGAACGCUAUUCGGAUGUAAUCUUGCCUCUCGCUCAAAACAUUCCACUAGGUCGAUGAAUACGCGAUAAUUUCGCAUAGAAAUUCGUUAAUCGAGUGCAUGAAAUUAGAUACUUGAAAUUACUAGUAUAGAACGAUGCUCACGCGUUAUUAUAUUUGUUUUUCAAAUAUAUUAAUAUAGUUUUUAUUCGUAAUGCGCUUUUGCGGAAGACAAACGGACGAGCUUUAACUUACCUUUUAUCUAGAUAUUAUCAGUCUCCAAUAAAAGUGAUUGCAGUGCAUGCGUUGCGAACAAAGAACACUCACGUGUGUGCUUGAAGUUCAUUCAUAGUAUAGGCUGUCGUUAAUAUCUGUGCCUAAUAAUGGUCUGGUCAAGAUAUUCUCACGAAUAUUACAGAACUACGCUAGCUAGGAUAGGUAUCAAAUGCAGGUACCAAUAUAUUUAUGUUUUUGGUUUGCAUCCUUGAGAGCAAUGUUAUUUGAGCCCUACGAGGUCUCGUAAUAGGGCAGGCCCCUUUAUUGAGAAAAAUCUUCUUUCUAUCUCCUGUAAAGUGUUGUUAGCUUAGCCAAGUAUAAAGAGAAAGAGAGAGAGAGUCAAUGAGAAUCACUUAGCCAAACUGUCGUCUCAGAUUUAUGAUGUGAAAAUGCGAAACAUUUAAUCUUUUGUUGAAAACAAUGAAUUUUGCCUUGUUGUACAAUAAAGCGAUGAUUUGAAUGAACGAUCGCUGCUUGCUUCCCGCUUGUUGAAACUUUGUUCAAUCAAGUGCAAUGCAGAAGCUCCAGGGAGAAUGGCCAGAGUCUUUUUUUUCUCUUUUUUUUUAAAGACACGUACAUAUGCAUACAUACGUAUGUAUAGCGACACGUAAGACGUAAUCUUUAUUUGCCACAUCGCAUGUUUUUCUUUUACAUAUAUACUAUUUUUCGACAAUACUAGUUCCCGAUACUAGGGCUCGGAUAGUAUUUCCUGGCGUUUUGCAUAGAGCAUUUGUAUCACAAAAGUCCUUUUACACUCACUCCUUCACUUUGCGGCCUUGACCAAAAGUACUGGACAGUCUCGAGUCUUGCUUUUAAUUAAACUAAUACGACGAAUUGAAAUUACGACGAAUUGAAAUUACGACGAAUAUUGUAACGCGAUUGAUAUCAAGUUUUUUGAAAAAAAUUCGUCAUUUUACCAAUGUAUACUAAAUAUUUUGAUGAGCACAUAAAAAGUGUAUUAUAAUUAUAUAAUAUAAUUACAGCCAUAAUAAUUUGUUGUAUAUACCAUGAAAGUGUUCACACUUUUGGCCAACGCUGCGAGAAUAUACUCGACUAAUUGCGGCGAUAAGAUUCAUAGAGCGUGCGUUGCUUUUUUUUAUAGCGUGACUUAUAAUUUCAAUAGCGCAUCUUUUAUAAUUUUAAUCGGAUGAUGCUUGCGCUUAUUUCUCAAAGCCGAUAAAGCAUUAAUUCCUUUUUCUCACUUUUGAUUGAUCGGAAAGAUUAAUGUUCUGUACCACGCUUUGGCUGAUGCAAGAGAAUAUCGUGGAUGAGACCUCCCUGAGUUAUCGCAUGGUACGUAUAUGACUUAUCAUUUUUCGUUCUAUUUUGCUUUAUUUAUCGCUUGAUUGAAUUUGUCAUGAAGUAGAAUAGUAUACACGCUCAAAUCGUUCACGCAUCGUACUUGUCACGAUGUACUUCAACGGCGCUUCUGAAUUUUUACACGCUACGAAUCGCACUAUACUUCUCUUCUCUCACGCACUUGCUUAAAUUUGUAUUAUCCCCGAAAAGUUCCCGAGUAAACAGAGGGAGGAGAGAAGUACACUUUCAUAAUACAGAUUUCAAGUAAUCGUAGGCCAUGUAUAAGUUGGUUUAAUUCAAAUACGUAAAUUUCUAUCAAUCUUAAGUAAAAACAUUAAUUCCCAAUUAUUGACUUGGCAUUCGUUGAAAUCUUUUCUAUUUAUUUCUCAUAAAUUAUCAAUGAGAUGAAGGAAUCUCUCUGAUUCCUGAGAGAGAGGAUCAGCAGUGCGUGUAUGCCUAAACUUUUCGGGAAUACCGUGUGUUGACUUGAUCAAAAGUGCGUUAUUUUCGUGUAUCGGUGCUUGUGCAAGAAUAGAAGUUUCAUGUGCUUCGUAAUUUCAGCCGGGAAUCGGCCAGGUCGGCGGAGCCGCUCUCCACGUGGUCAGCCCGGCGGAAGGCGGCGGUACCAUAGUAUAGCCAGAACCGGACACCGAGGUCGGUCCACCACGAGAUCACUUGGAAACGUCGCAGGAGUCGUCGCGGGCGUCCGAGAUGCAGUUCCAGCAGACGUACGCGCGCCGACGUCACCUGUAUUACGUGUGGCCGAGCGAAAGUUACUCCGGUACGGUUUAAGCAUGCGGUUCGAGCUGCGAGUCACCGCUCGGUCACGAAGUGGGCAAAUUAAAAUAAAACUUCAAAGGGAAUCCGUUUCCGCGAGAUCGUACGGCCGAUCUUGGAAAUCAGCGGUCGACUUUAAAAUACACGGAUCAUGAUCAGGCCUCCUCAAUCUUUAAUACGAUCUUGAAUCCUUAACAUAUCAGCGGCGUUCUCGACGGUAUCAUUCGACGGAUAAGUCAUCAAGUCGCGCGUUCUGUCACACGCAUGUCAAGCCUGAUGCAGAGUAUUGUCUGUUUCUAAUCAUUUAAUCGUAAAAAUAUAUGUUCUAGAAAGGAAUAGGAAUUCGUUCGAGUGAUGUUAGAGCCGAUAGACACUCGAUUUCGAAAAUUGGAGACUCACGGGCGCGCGAAGUGGAUUCUCUUCUGCGAGUUCUUCUUAAUUCGCCCGCGUUCUACGGGGCGCAGCUCGCGCGUAGCUUAACGCUUAAAGACACACGUGUACACACAGUGCUUUCGUUUUGGUAAGCCGCUCUUCCGGUGCAUAUCAUUUCCUCUUCUUCCUUCCUUUCUUUUCCUCGACAUUGUCGCAACGGCGACGACGACGAUGACGUUACGCGGUCUCACGCCUCUUUUCUGAUAGAAGAGAUCCGCGAAUCAGAAGCAAUCUGUGUAUACAUGUACAUACGUAUACGUGUGUAUGUCUAAUGAUCGUGACAAAUAUAUCUUGUACCAUUCCAGAAUAAAAUUUCGCGGUAAAACGCGACGCGCGCGUCCCGAACGGCGGGAACGCGGGCUUCCGGCGCCACCGGAAGCGUUUCCGUGUAUUUAAUUAAUUUGAAGCGUUGAAUUUCAUAUAGACUUAAGCCACGUCCGCGAGCGAGACUCGACUUUAGGAGCGAAAGAGUACAAUAUGUAAUGUAAUAUGAAUAACUUAUCCCGACUUGCUCAUUGCGAUGCCGUACGUUGAAUAGGGUUGUUCAGCGAUACGUGAAGCGUACGUUUACAGAGGCACGUUGUUCUUAGAAAAUGUGUCCGGAAAAUGUCUCGGUAUGUCUCGAGCAUCUCGCCUGGACAGCUGCAGAAGCAACUAAAGAACAUUCCCUCACAGAAUUGUUUUAUCAACUGAUUUCUUUCAGUUAGAAACGCGUGACUUGGGUCUCUAUCAUUCUCAAUGCUUCAUUUAUUCUGAUCGAUCGUUUCGGAGGAGAUAUUCCGCAAGGCGAUACUAGUUUUUAAUUUAUGCGUAAAUACGUAUAGAGAGUCGUUAUAUCGUAUUACAACGGGAUACAACGUUACAUUAUCACGGAUGAAUUGCCCGUUUUCUCGGCAGUUCGUUUGUUCCGUCAAUCAGCUUCGAUCAUGAGCAUUCCCGCGUGAUUCAGGGAUUAAAUAUUUAUACCGUUAUUGUAUUCCCGGACAUCUGAGUUGUCUAAUUCGCACUCGCGCAAUGACUCAUCGCAGCACCGUUUACUUGAACGUAUUUAUUUGCCUUGGAAGACUUGAUGUUAUUUAUGUGGGAAGGCUGUAAGUCAAUCAUUAUCGGAAACUUAUCUUUUGUCGAGAAAAGCGAUGUGUCAAAGUCGAUAACGCUCUAAAAGCCAGUAAUUCGUGAGGUGCAAAAUUGCAACGCGAGAAAAUCUUUCUCUUUUUGCACAUGUGUGAAGUCUUACUUAACUUCUUUCAAGAUUUAUGCUUGCUUACAUUUACAGUCUUUUCAUUGUGUCAAGUCAACGCUUCUUAAGUGUUGAACGACAUUUUUGUCCACGUUUCGCAACGCAGAAAUUCAAUCAAGACACCGAUAUAUAUACUACUACCGAUAAAAGGAUCGAUUCGAAAAACUUUUCGUUCGUUUUUCGAUAUUUUCGCUCGCAUACGACGGGUUUACCUUACCUUCGAGACGCACGACGACGAUAUUGUAAUAUUAUUCUAGCAAGUGCAAAUCCGCUGAGGGUAUGCUGUGAUAUGCAUGUAGUAGGCGAUGACACUGACAAAUGAUCCGAGCGAUGAAAGUUACUUCCAGGCACUCCUCGUGCACCGAAACGGGCGACCGAACUUGUAGGAUAACACGCGUAACCGCUGAUUAGUUUCUUACUUAUAGACAACAACCGAAGCCGGCCUGCGACACACCAGACUAUAAUCCAUCUGACGAUUCUGCAAGAAGAUAGCCGGAUGAAUUUAACUCGACUCGAGAGAAAUCCAUCUUCAAUCGAUUUCAUAUCGAUCAUUUAAUCUUUGAAAUCGCGGAAUGAAGUCAUUUGAUCUUUUGUCCUUUUCUUAUCCCUUUUUAUCCCUACUGGCAAACAAACAAUAUAAGACAAGUCAGUAAUGCGAAGUACAAACAUGAAAGAAUUCAGAUAAUAUUAUCAGAUAAUAAAUAUUUUUAAAUAUCAAGAGAAGAAAUAGAAAAAGACAUUUUCAAUCUAAUCCUCCAUUUAAAAGACUGGAAGAAUAAUUUCCUGCGUAUUCGUAAGGUAAAUUUCUGUCGGCUCGUUUUAAGUUCAUCCCCUUUUGCAGAGGAGAUCUAUAAAGUUCCUAUUUCAUAAGUUAAACGACGAGCACUCAUGAUUCAUGUGCUCAAAACGCCUGAUUUCGGUCGGUGAUCGAUUUUUGUUGGGAAUACGCUCUCGUGUAAGAUGAAUGAAAAGCUUCAACGAUCAACGAGGAUGAUCGGGUGUAUUUUCGGACGUGGUGGACGUUCACAUGGGUGAACGAACGAGUUGACGUGCAUUUGAGGUAAACAAAAACCUUGCGUUUUCGCUUUCGAACGUGCGCAAUUGAGUCGUCUUUCGGAAGUUUAAUUGGAUGCUUCUAAAAUACAUCUACGUUUACAAUAAUUUCAAUGAAGAUCAACAGAAUUCAAUAACUUGUAAUAAUAAAAUUACUUUAAACUCACAAUAAUGUAAAGAAACUCGCCAUCACGUAAAAAAAAGAACAGAAAACUUGAUCUUUGUCCGAGACGUAUCGUGACGAAAGUUGCACGAAUAAUUGCGACAUUGCAAAUCGCGCUAAUAAGUAUCUCAUUGUUUCACAGUGAGUCAUAGACAACACUUACGAACAAUUAAUAAAUAACGAGUUCGCCCCUCAAACUGCUGGUAACAGGAGACAUGUAAUUCACUGUAAACCGCAUGUGAAAAGUUGUUUGUAAAAACAAUAUAUUCCUAAUCAAUCUAA